AUGACAUGUGCUUUGUGGGACAUUGAAACUGGACAACAAACGACCAGCUUUCAAGGACAUACAGGCGAUGUAAUGUCUCUUUCAUUAUCACCCGAUAUGAAAACCUUUGUUUCGGGUGCUUGCGAUGCUUCGGCUAAACUUUGGGAUAUCCGAGAGGGCAUGUGUAAACAAACAUUUCCCGGCCAUGAGUCGGAUAUCAAUGCUGUGACCUUUUUUCCAAAUGGAUCAGCAUUCGCUACUGGAUCUGACGAUGCUACGUGCCGUCUAUUUGAUAUUCGUGCUGAUCAAGAAGUAGGCAUGUAUUCACAUGACAAUAUCAUAUGUGGUAUUACGUCGGUUGCCUUCUCAAAAUCGGGCCGUCUUCUAUUGGCUGGCUAUGAUGAUUUCAAUUGUAAUGUUUGGGAUACACUUCGCCUAGAACGUGCCGGUGUUUUGGCUGGUCACGAUAAUCGUGUCAGUUGUCUUGGUGUAACCGAAGAUGGUAUGGCUGUAGCGACGGGUUCAUGGGAUAGUUUCUUGAGGAUCUGGAAUUAA